GUAGAAAGUAAGGGUUGUUGCAAAUGAAUUUUGUAAGAUGGAGGGCCGACUCGUUUUUGUUGUAGGCCUACUAUUAGCUGUGGGCAUGCGCACUACAAUACAACAAGCACCUGAGCUGUGCCUCAGCCCGCCACUGAACGAGACCUGUAUCGAGGGCGUAGAGCGCUACUUCUUCAACGCCACGGCCUGGACAUGCGAGACCUUCAUGGACGCCAGCUGUAUAGAGAACAAGAACAGCUUCGAAACCUUCGAAGACUGCAUCGAGGUGUGCGAUCCCCCUAAUGGACAAUAGCGAUUCCCAAAAUGGACAAAACUGAUUCCCAAAAUGGACAAAAACGAUUCCAAAAAUGGACAAAAACUAUUCCAAAAAUGGACAAAAAUGAUUCCGAAAAUGGACAAAAACGAUUCCAAAAAUGGACAAAAUCCAUUCCAAAACGGACAUGGCAAUGGUUAAUAGCGCUAAAAGCAAAUUUCACUUGAAGGAAAAUCUGAUGUUAGUUUUAUAUUAAUCAACGAUGAAAAUUUCAACUCAUCUGUAUUCUUAAAACGGAUUGUGAUUUGUGACCCAUCUGUUUCAGUUUACAACAGUUUUACAAUAGGAAUCAUCCAACGUAUAGGUAAUAAAAUAUUUGAAGGUUAAAAUAAAUAAUAAAAAUU